AUGCCAUCCUCCACGCUGGGCAUCGCGCCGCUGCUGGACGCCUACUUCCGGCGCCGGUUCGCCGCGGCGGGGCUGGUCCAGGAGACCGUGCCCCUGGACGGCGGCGCCACCACGGUGCACUGCUGGCGCUUCCCGCCCGGAGCCGCGGCGAGCGAGGACCUCCCCGUGCUCGUCCUCCUGCACGGCUUCGGCCCGCCGGCGACGUGGCAGUGGUUCCGCCAGGUGGGCGCGCUGUCCCGCCGGUUCCGCCUCGUCGUGCCGAACCUCCUCUUCUUCGGCGGCUCCCGCACCUCGCACAAGGAGCGGUCGGAGGCCCGCCAGGCGGAGGCGGUGGCGGAGCUCAUCCGCGCGGUCGUCCCCGCCGGCGCCCGCGUGUCGGUGGUCGGGACCAGCUACGGCGGCUUCGUGGCGUACCACGUGGCGCGGCUCCUGGGCGCGGACGCCGUGGAGCGGGUGGUGAUCGCCAGCUCCGACCUGCUCAAGGGCGACGCCGACGACCGCGCCCUGCUGCGGCGCGGCGGGGCCGAUCGCGUGGAGGACGUGAUGCUGCCGCGCACCCCCGAGAAGAUGCGCCGGCUCAUGGAGCUCGCCUACCACCGCCCCCGCCGGUUCGCCCCGGGGUUCGUGCUCCGAGACCUCAUACAGUAUCUCUACACCGACAACAUAGAGGAGAAGAAGGAGCUGAUCAAGGCGAUAACUCUAGGGGACAAAGACAAGUUCCAGCUCACUCCACUCCCCCAGCAAGUUCUUGUGCUGUGGGGAGAGAAUGACCAGAUCUUCCCCAUAGAGAAGGCAUUCCAGGUGACAAGGCAGCUAGGUGCGACUGCUAGGCUGGAGAUCCUGAAGAACACUGGCCACAUGCCGCAGGAGGAGGACGCAAAGAGGUUCAACGAGGCUCUGCUCAACUUCUUGCUACCGGCUCCGAUUUCAUCACUGUGACGCGAAUUUCAUUGCCGAUAUCUGGGAAGAGAUGGUCGGGAUUUCAUAAUUUAAGAUAUGUCUUGCCUGUAUAGACUGUAGUUAGCUUAUUUAUCGGUUCGGCGUCUCAGACCAAAAGUACACUCAGCAUCUUUAGGGGAAAAAACGUUGCAAUCGGUUUGGGCUGC